AUGGGUCAUCCUCACCUUUCAUGGGUCGGGUCAUUAAUACACCGAAAAUGUAUGCCUAGAAAGAGAGAGAGAGAAUUGUUAGGGUUUAGUGAAAAAUGGAUGAAGAAUGGGUGAUGGUUUCACCCAUUUUGGACAAAGAUUUAUGGAACCCAUCAUCAUCAUCAUCAAAGUUAAAUGAAGCAGAGAAGAAAGAUUUGAAGGUGAAGUUUAAGGAGGAAGCAAAGCACUGGACUGAUGCUAUCCCCAUUGGCAAUGGCUGCCUUGGUGGGAUGGUUUGGGGUGGUGUUUUGUCGGAAACUAUUAACCUUAAUGAGGAUACAUUGUGGACAGGGGUUCCUGGGAACUAUUCGAAUCCUGAUGCUCCAAAUGCGUUAUCUGUGGUCAGGAAGCUUGUGGAUGAUGGAAACUAUGCUGAUGCUACUAAAGAAGCUGUUAAAUUGUCAGCAGAUCCGUCUGAUGUAUACCAACUAUUGGGAGAUAUCAACCUAGAAUUUGAUGACAAUCAUGCUACAUUUGAUGCUAAAACGUAUCAACGAGAGUUGGACUUAGAUACGGCCACGGUCAAAGUCAACUAUUCCGUAGGUGAAGUAGAAUUCACAAGGGAACACUUUGCGUCAUAUCCGGAUCAAGUUAUCGUUACCAAGAUUUCCGCAACCAAAUCCGGUUCAUUAUCGUUCACAGCAUCUCUUGACAGCAAACUACAUCAUCAUUCUUCUGUAAACAGUCAAAACCAGAUUGUCAUGGAAGGCACGUGUCCUGGUCGAAGGAAACCGCCUACCCUUUUUACUGAAAACGAUAGCAUACCCACGGGUAUAAAAUUUUCCGCAUUUCUCGAUAUAAAAGUCAGUGAUGGAACAGGCACAAUUACUGUUUUGGAUGAGAAGAAGCUUAAAGUUGAGGGGUGCGAUUGGGCUGUGUUGCUUUUGGUGGGAGCGUCUUCAUUUGAAGGGCCGUUUACUAAACCAGAAGAUUCGAAACGAGACCCGACUUCCGAGUGUUCAAACGUGUUGAAGUCGUUAAAGGAUUUUUCAUAUGCGGAACUUUAUGGUCGUCACGUGGAUGAUUAUCAAAAACUGUUUAAUCGGUGCUCUCUGGAGCUUUCGCAAAGCUCCAGUGUUGAACCGUCUUCAACUGUCACAACUGCAGAGAGGGUUAAGUCUUUUAAAACAGAUGAAGAUCCUUCUUUAAUUGAGCUUUUAUUCCAAUAUGGACGUUAUUUGUUAAUAGCAUGUUCACGGCCUGGAACUCAGCCAGCUAAUUUGCAGGGUAUAUGGAAUUAUAAAGUCGAGCCUGCAUGGGAUGGUGCUCCUCACUUGAACAUAAAUCUUCAAAUGAAUUACUGGCCUGCACUUUCAUGCAACCUACACGAGUGCCAAGAGCCAUUAUUCGAUUACAUUUCAUCUCUAUCGGUCACCGGAAGUAAAACUGCUAAAGUAAACUAUGAAGCCAGUGGUUGGGUUGCACACCAAGUCUCUGAUAUCUGGGCGAAAACAUCACCGGACCGAGGUGAGGCUGUGUGGGCCCUUUGGCCCAUGGGUGGAGCUUGGCUUUGUACGCAUUUAUGGGAGCAUUAUACUUAUACAAUGAACAAAGAGUUUCUAGCAAAUAAAGCAUAUCCAUUGCUAGAAGGAUGUGUAUCAUUCCUUUUGGACUGGUUGAUUGAAGGCAAAGGAGGUUAUCUUGAGACAAACCCGUCAACGUCUCCCGAACAUAUGUUUAUUGCUCCCGAUGGUAAGCCUGCAAGUGUCAGCUAUUCAACAACAAUGGACAUGUCCAUCAUAAAAGAAGUAUUUAACGCCAUUGUUUCUGCUGCUGAGGUCUUGGGGAAAAGUAAAACGGAUGUGGUUCAAAGAGUUCUCAAAGCUCAACCGCGGCUCUAUCCAACCAAGAUUGCUAGGGAUGGUUCCAUUCUUGAAUGGGCACAAGAUUUUGAAGAUCCAGAGGUGCAUCACCGGCAUGUGUCACACCUAUUCGGGCUUUUUCCAGGGCACACAAUAACUGUUGAGAGAACUCCAGAUCUUUGUAAAGCUGCAGAUUUCACUCUAAUUAAAAGAGGGGAGGAGGGUCCUGGCUGGUCGACUACGUGGAAAGCUGCUUUGUGGGCCCGGCUUCAUAACACCGAACAUGCAUACCGAAUGGUCAAACAUUUGUUUGACCUGGUUGACCCUGAUCAUGAGAGCGAUUACGAAGGAGGACUUUACGCUAAUCUGUUCACCGCACACCCCCCUUUCCAGAUUGAUGCAAACUUUGGCUUUUGUGCAGCAAUAUCUGAGAUGCUGGUGCAGAGCACAAUCAAGGACCUAUACUUGCUUCCUGCACUUCCUCGAGAUAAAUGGUCACAUGGUUCGAUCAAAGGAUUGAAGGCUCGUGGGAACGUAACGGUUAGUAUAUCAUGGAAGGAAGGCGAUCUUCAUGAAUUCGGCCUCUGGUUUUCCAAAAACACCAACUUAGAGAACUCCAAGGGUCAAAACUCUACAAAAAGAGUGCAUUACAGAGGAACUACUAUCACAACCAAAAUAUCACACGGGAAAGUUUACACGUUCAAUAAGCAGCUAAAAUGCAUAAAGACGGCGUCUUUAUGAGAUUCAUUUCAUCUUUAGCUUCUAAUCGUACAAGUUUUGAGGAACUUGAUUUGUGUUUUUGGCCGGAAAACGUUUGCUUUAAUGUUGUUUGUUGAUCAGGAUUCUUGUUAGAUGCAAAAAGGUUGAAACCCACAAAAAAGGCUGAUCAAAGAUAAUUAAAGGGUGUUACAUACAUUUUUUUUUCUUCUUUUUAA